AUGGCAUCUUACCACCGAGUACUGGAGACCUUUGGAAGGUCGAUUCAAGAUAAUACUUUGGAAUGUGACUGCGAUAUACAUCCAUGGGAGCUUUCCAUCAAUGAUGAGCAAUGGGCUGGCAAGAUUCGAUUUAUCGGGUUUAUUGACGUAUUUUUCCUCAUCGCCUACUCUGCCAACGCCCGAUUUGAGCAUGGAAUUAUUGUUUAUAAGGAUAAAUUAGCCCUUGAGGAGCUCACUGGUAUUACCUCUAAGCCUAUUGAGAAAAGCACCCAGGCCGAUGGCAAUACCGACAGUGCACUGGACCACCAGGAGCCCGAAGAAGACCUAACAGAGCUUGAGGCAGCUGGGGAUGAGGCAAACUCGGACCCCGCUGUGAAAGAAAACCAAGAAGGCACUUCUCCGCAGACCGGCGGGGAGGCCAGUCAACCAGCGGCGCAGGUCAAAAGUACCACUGGUCAACAAGACGAAGCGGCCGCAACACCCGAGGUCCGCAAUACCAGCACUCUCUCAAUCAAGAGUCUGGGCCAUCCGAUCGGACUGCGAGCCUCGUAUCCCAAGUCGUGGAUUCGCAGCUAUAAGGUGCAGAUUACCAAGCCCGCCAGUUGGGGGUUGAGCAAGCGCAUAAUGCAGGGACUCAAGGUACACAGUACCUAUGAUUUGAUGGGUGACGUGAUUCGCUGUGGUCUCAUCACACAAGGACAACUGGCGGGUCAUCUCAUGGGCAUUCUUCUCGCGGGUUCCCGUCUUGACGACACGACUCAAAAAUAUCUGUCGGGGUUGACAUCAGGAAAUGAUGCUGGCCGACAGGCAUUAUCGAAUGAGAAGAUCUAG